UGAGUGAGUUCGUUUCGUUGACGUGGAGGCGAUUUUUUCACUAAAGUGUCAAUUUUCCACCCUCUUUUCCCACCAUUUCUGGCGCUCGAGCUUCGUCUGUUCGUGUUUUCCGGGUGGGAAGCGGAAAAUUUCCCGUGCGAAAGUCCUGAGAGACUGAGUGUCGCUAAGGAGUGUACAGGACAUCACCUGAAACGUCACGCGAGUACGUCAAAGUGACAGUUUCUUAAAAAGGAUAUACAUCUUGAUAUAUAACACACAAAAAUAUCAGUGGCAGGAUAUUUUCUUGCUACACACACAGCAAAGUGUGCCACAUUUUCAACUUUAUAGUCGCCUAAAGAACGAUUUUUCAACACAAGUAUUUACUCGUCAUCGCAUCGAAGUUCGCAAUCGAAGAGGGAGAAUCCUUUCUGGAGACAGCGAAGAAGAAAAAAGAGGAGUGAAAAGUGAUUUGAAUUGAGGUGUAAAGUUUUAUGUGCGGGAAAAAGCCAUCGAAGAAAUUUGUGUGCUGAAGCAAGAGAGGCAAAAGUGUGUCGUAUGAAUAAAUCCCUUCUUUUUGGAUAAUUAAUUCGAGAGACACAAGCAUCGAUUUGGCGUCUACAACGGUCAAUGAUGACAUAAUGGACUACCUUUUUUGCCAGGCUCACUAAGCAUUCAAUGAGGACAACCAAAUAGGGAUCGAGCGAGGGUGCAACUGAGUGUUCGCUAUGGAUCCUGGAGGCUACGCAGACGACGAUUUGCCACCGCCAGCCUCUCCGGAGCCUCGCGAUGGUUGGCUCCUGGUGCGGAUUCACGUGCCUGAGCUGAACGUGUCCAAGUGUCUCCAAUUCCCGGCCGAUCGGCUGGUGUGGAAUGUGAAGCAGCAAGUUUUGGCAUCUCUUCCAAAGGAGCUCAAGGAGUCAUUCAACUACGGCCUCUUCUGUCCGCCAUCGAAUGGGAAAGCCGGAAAAUUCCUCGAUGAGGAGCGUCGCCUGGGGGAUUAUCCCUUCAAUGGGCCCGUUGGGUAUCUCGAGCUGAAGUACAAGAGGCGCGUGUACAAGAUGCUGAAUCUGGACGAGAAGCAGCUCAAGGCGCUGCACACCAGGGCGAAUCUGAGGCGCUUCCUGGAGUGCGUAAGCGGCGGUCAUGUGGAGAAGAUCUCCAAGAUGUGCGCCAAGGGUCUCGAUCCCAACUUUCACUGUCCGGAGACGGGCGAGACGCCGCUCACGAUGGCCACGGGUGCCAAGAAGCCCAACAAACUGCUAAUCGCUCUAGUCAACGGGGGCGCCAUUCUCGACUACCGGACACGCGACGGCGCCACGGCGCUCCACAAGGCGGUGGAGAGGGACUCCCUGGAGGCGGUCUCAACUCUUCUCGAGCUGGGCGCUUCGCCAAACUACAAAGAUAUCCGCGGAAUGACGCCCGUGUACUUGUCAGUGACGAAGAAGACGGACGCCAAGAUAUGCGAGGGCCUCCUGCACGAUCACGCCACGCUGGGCACGCAGGACACCCAAGGAUGGCAAGAGGUGCACCAGGCCUGCCGCAAUGGUCUGGUCCAUCACCUCGAGCACUUGCUGUUCUACGGUGCCGACAUGGAUGGUCAGAAUGCGUCUGGCAACACGCCGCUGCAUGUUUGUGCUGUUAACAAUCAAGAGGCUUGCGCUAGAAUGCUUCUCUUUCGCGGCGCCCAGCGCGGCGCCCUCAAUUAUGCCAAUCAGACGCCGUAUCAGGUCGCCGUGAUUGCCGGCAACUUGGAGCUCGCCGAGAUGAUCCAGAACUACAAAGCUGAAGACAUUGUCCCCUUCCGCGGUCCGCCAAGGUACAAUCCGAGACGGCGCUCGGGCGUGGCGUGGGGCCCCGCGAGCGCCAUGGGGCGCCUCAUGGGGCCGCCGUCGCCCUGCCCGAGCGAGCAUCCCUUCAGCUCGGCCAGCUCUAGCCUGUCGGAGAGCUCCUCCAGCCACAGGAGUCACGAGGACGACAUCAGCAUCGUCACAGACAAGAGCCUCGGCGACACCAGCGACAUCAUCAGCGACUCCUCGGGAGUGGGCACCAGCUCGGACAGCGCCGCCUGCUCCAUCGGCCAUCCCAGCACUACGGUCGUCUGCAUGGAGCGAUACGUGGCCCAACAGCAGGGCCACCUCACCAUCCAGCCGGGAGAUGUGAUCGAGGUCGUGGGCUCCACUGACUGCGGCCUGCUCGAGGGAUAUGUGCGCGGCACCAACAGAUCUGGCCUGUUUCCCAUUCAUCACAUCCAGGAGGUGAACAUUCGCCAGAAGAACAUCACGAACGUCUCGACAGCAAGUCAGGAAGUCAACACCAGACAGACACACUUUGUCCAGGACUUCAAUGCCACAGAGCCGAGAAUAAAGAAAGUAGGUCUUUCGGAGCCACGCACGGUUGUUCUGCACCGUGGAAAGCGAGGCUUCGGAUUCAUCCUGCGCGGUGCCAAAGCCACAUCUCCUCUCAUGCAGCUGAAGCCAUCUGAACGGUGUCCAGCUCUGCAAUAUCUAGACGAUGUGGAUCCCGACGGAAUCGCCGAUAUGGCUGGCUUGCGUCCCGGUGACUUCCUCAUAGCCAUUAAUAAUGAGGACGUGAGGGCGGCUUCUCACGAGCACGUGGUGGAUCUCAUCAGGAAUUCCGGCGCACUCGUGUCGAUGACGGUUAUUUCGCAGCUCUUGCCCGGUCAGCCUGUGCCACAGGCGACUCAGAGUGGCUUCCGGACGCCGCUAGCCAAUCGCCAAUGUGCCACACUGCCACGCCACAUGUCAGGCCUGAUCCCAGGACACGGAGGCAAGAUGCCGGCGCCUCUGCCGCCACGGCGCGAUCCCAAAACUACCCUCAGCGUGGGUCGGGCUCGAGCGAAGUCGAUGGUGGCGGGCUUGGAGGGUGGCAGCACGGCCGAUGAUGACGACUUGACGCCCACGGCGAAGUCCAGUUCGGCUGAGAGUAUCCACCAGACACAGAGCGCCGUAUCGACACCCACUCAGGGCGGUCCGGGGACUCCGAUACAGCCCAGGACGGCGAGCAUCAAGGCGCGGCCCACAUCGGGCAGAAUCACUGCGGCGGAGCUAGAGGAGUUGUUCCAGAGGCAGCAAGGCGACUCCACGGGUGACGCACGUUACUCAGCCAUGAUGACCACCUCGAGGUUCCAGUCUGGCGGCGACAGCGGCACUCCGACGCCACAAGUAUCGCCCCAGAAAGCGCCUCUGGUCUACAGCAGUGUGGCGGACAUGAAGCGGAAGAAGAGCCGCCAGGGAGGCGCCGGAUCACGCGUCAAGCCAUGCUCAAUUCCUCUCGUCAAUGGCGAACUCCGGCGUAACUUCCACAGCACUCCGGAUCUCGCGUCGGCUGGCCAGUGGCCGUCUGGGAGUGUCAAGGGCCAUCGCAGCCAGGACGAUGUGAAUGUGCUCCACAAUUCACUGCAGCGUCUCAAUCUGCCACCGCCCACGCACCCUCCACCGCCGCCGCCCGUCGGCCAGGUGGUGAAGGUCGACGUCUCGCGGUCGGAGUACGAGAGCGCGGCAUCUUUGCAGCAGAAGCUGAAGCUCCAGGCGGCCAAGGAGGCGGAAAAUGUUGAGGUCAUGUCCAGCUUCAGGCCAGCCGCCAAUGCCAAACUGUAUGCUUCGCCGCAGGAUAUCCGCAAUGUGGGCUAUCGCGGACGUGGAGACGCCAACAGGCGGAUGACGACGUCGAUUGUGGGACCACAGCCCGUGGGGAAUCAGUACGCGCAGCCCUGUCGCUCCCUCUCAAAUGCAUCCCAAAGGAAUCAGCCUGCGCCUCAGGCCGCCUCGAAUAUCCCGGCGCCACCCAUUCCCGAUCCCGACUACAGCCUCAGCGAGUCCGACGGCGAGGAAGACAACUCGGUGCUGCAGGCCAGAGUGACGAUCAAGACCAACGGAACGGCCAAGGAAGCGCCGCCGACGCAGGCUGAGAGCAGCGGGAACAGCAACACUAGCGGAAGCAGCACCGGAUCCAGCUCAAUGCCGCACUCCUUCUCUGUGGAGGAGAUCCAAAAGAUGCGCACCAAGCUGAAGUCCUCCAAGUCAUAUCCGCACGACUUGCUGGGCGGCCAGGCGGCGGUGCAGCAGCCAGUGGCCGAAGAGGGUGACAAUUCGUCGUCGGGCGUGAGCAGUGACCAGGAGAUCGCUCUCAGUGGGCCGGAGAAGCCCAAGGGUGCUCUGCCGGCGCCUCUGCCCAAGCCCGAGGCCGACGCUGAGGUGCGCAGCGAUGACGACGCGAGCCCCAGUCCGCCGGCCAAGGGAUUCCAGCGCCACAACAGCCUCACGCGCAAGCAGGCCGCCAGCAUUGCCAUGAGCCGCGCCCUGCAGACCAAGCCCGCCGUGUCGCUGGCCCAGCUGCCGCCGCCAAUCGAGACGGAGUCCGACGAUCCUGACUGCGCCGUACCGCCGCCCAUGCACCUCCUCCACCAUCGACACCACAUGCACGCCCUGCCGCACGCAGCCCCCGACGACAGCCUGGUCCUGGCGCCGCCGCCGCAAUUCUGCGACUCUUUCGACGUCCAGCCCCAGCGCAGCGUGCGAAUCGUGGGCGCCGUGCCCAAGGCCGGCAAGAUACACAUGCAGUAGAGCCCGCCCAAGAGUGACAUCAGUCGGGAGGCUUGCGCAGGGCGAAAGUCAUUACAAUAUAUGCAAUUUCCCAUUCAUUCCCCCAAUUCAAAAGAACCCUCAGGACCUUGAUUAACUGUGAAAGCAUCCGCAAUGAAAGCCAAUGCAUGUGAAAGCACCUGAAAUUAGUAGAAGAGCUUUUUGAUGGCGAAUUGCGUUUGCCAGAAGAUAGCGCGCAAUGGCGCAAGCAAGGUUAUCUAAAAGAGAAAAUCUCGAUGCUUCUGCAAAUGUGUUCGCUGAAAGGGAUUCAAUAUUGGAUACAAAAUGCCAGCAUGCUUCUGUGGGCGAUGUUUGAAACUUUGAAGUACAAAACCAUGAGAGUCAUUUUCAAGGUCUUUCCAUUGAAACUGGGAAACUUGCUUUGAGUUGUCUUUUGAAUCCCAGCAUUCAGUGGCAUUAGGAGCGGCGCAAAAACGGCAGGAAAAACCUUCAAGUAUUCUUGAAAGGAUAUCAAACGGUAAAAGUUCAAUAAAUCCUGUCUUUGAUAAAUGAUCAUUUCACUUAAACUACAUUUUUAUGCCCUGCAGUGAAAAUAUUCCUCUGCAAGGGCUUAUUUUCUCUCUACUAUUGGCUUAAUUAAAGACAUUCAAUUUAUUUUCAACACAUUGAUUAAUGAUCUUGAAUACAGAAAAUUUGAAGGUUUUGUUUUGCUCAUUGUAAUUGAAAUGGAAAACUAACGCCUGCAGAAAGUAGUCAAAAAUGUACGAUAUUUCAUCACUUUAUUUGAUCCCUUUGUGCAUUGAAGUGUUAGGAAAAGUUAAUCAGAGAAAAAUUCGUCAAUUUCAUGCAUUAACAUGCGAUGUAUUUAAUAUCUUUAGCUUCUGCGAACACGAGCCUUUUCAACUGACUGAGCAUUCCUGGGGACAGAAAAUCCCUUCCGGCAAUUAGAUAAUGUUGCAGAUAUAUUGGAAAAUGUGUCUAAAUAUUAGUCAUUGAAGAUGUUCACUCACAUUCACCUUCGCAUUCACGGAAAAGAGAGAAAAAAUAUCGAUACACAUUAGACUUAAUACAGAGAUAUUUCUGGGGGAGGGAAAAAGUACAGCGCAUAAGAAGUGGAAAGAAAAGUCGCUCAUGAGAGGAUAAGACGAUGACAGAGGAGGUAGAGGAAAAAUUUAUACCCGUCUUAGGAGUAGAUAGAAAUGCACGAAAUAGUUUUUUUCCACGAGACAAGAAAGUAUUCUCGGAGUUAGAAAAAUUUUUGCUCAAUGAAAAUACUUGGCCUCAUUGAAUUGAAUUUGCCCUCCGUUCAACAUCACAUGCGAUGAAAAGGAAAAAUAUAUAUCCACAUUCACCGGAGCAACGAAGAACUUCGUCACGUUUUAUAAGGACUCUUUUUAUCCUCUUUCUACAGAAUUUUUCACCAGACAUUCGGCAACAAAAAAAGACCUAAAUACACACGAUUUUUUCGAUACAAAUGGCAAAUCCAUAAAACUGAUAUUUCACUUUGAUAGUGUGUGUAGUUGAUAGAAGAUUUCGAAGGUGGGGAAUUAAUGGAAAUUCUUUGCUAUAUUUAUACCUUUGCAGGAGAUUUUCAGUUUUUUAUAUUAUAUAUAAAAGAUGACUAGAGACAAAUUAGUAAUUUAAAUGAGAGGCAUGAUGAAAAGUAUGUAACACUGAAUAUUAACAAGAUUGAUAUAGAUGUUUUUUUUUCAUUCAUUCAUUCAUUAGGACAAAUUAUCUAUAAUACUAUCGUAUAAAUUUCUUGGUAUUAUUUUGUAAUUUUGUGAUAUAAAAUUAAUUCAAUUUAUGCAAUUCUUUCGAAAAUAAAUAAACAUCAUUAGUUAUUGACUUUUGUAGAUCCUAAGUUUGCUCAUAAGUUUAUUUAUAAAUGCAGUAAGAAAAGACAAGAUGAGUGAAGAAAAUUCAAGUGUGGAAGAAAGCAAAAUAAAAAUUAUACAAUUACACUAUCUACUGUUAAAUGAAUUAUUAUCAGUACGUAAAGUAUAAUUAAAAUAUAACAAUUUUGAAGACAGUGAAAGAAAAAAGUAACAUUGCAAGAAUAAAUUCAAUUUAAA